UACUGCCUAAAGCAACAAUAACAAUAACAACAAACAACUACUACUACUACUACUACUACUACUACUACUACUACUACUACUACUACUACUACUACUAUACCUACUGCUACUCUACUAUUGGUGCUGCUGAUGCUGUUACUUUUAUUAUAUAAUGCAAAUGUUCAAAGAGCGAGGAAUCUAAACUUCAAAGGCAAGAAUGACACCAACGACGCCUUUGUGGUUAUCGGGCUGGGCAAGGAUAAGUUCCAGACGUCCAUCAAGGAGAAGGCACCGGCAAGCGUUGAGUGGCACGAGGAGUGUGAGCUAGCCAUCCCGAGCCAAGGCAACACCGCGGCCCUCAGCCUCACUGUGUACCACCGCAACGCCCUGGGCCUCGAUGAGUUCCUCGGCCAAGUGCAGCUCCCCCUCUCAGAGUUCGACGUCUACGAGAGACCGAGGAACAGAUGGCACAAAUUGCGAGGGAAGCCGGAGAAAGACCGCAAGAAGGGGGAGAAGGAGAGGGGGGAGCUGGAGGUCCGCGUCGCCUUCACCGUCAAGUCAGGCUCCCUUCUAGACGUCACGGAUAAGAAAAAAAAUAAGUCUAUCACGUCCCUCAAGAACCUAGGUGGAAGUCUGAUGAGUCUAGGCCACAAGGAGAAGGCAAACAUCAAGAGCUUUGCCAAGUCUGUCAGUCAUAAGAUAGACAAGAUCGCCCACAAACCUAGCAAGAAGAAACGCAAAGAGAGCCAAGACAGUCAGGGCUUCCCUCAGGAACUCAUGCGGUCCAGGCAGCGAUUUGGUGAUGCAGAUCCUGGAGUGAUCUCAGACAGCGAUGAAGAUGACUUUGGGUUCAGUGAGGAGGUGAGGGUGAAUACACGCUCCAGCAGCCCCUACAGCACUGUGUCCAGAGGCUCCUCCCUUCAGCAGGAGGAUGAAGGGAUAACCCUCAACAAUACUUCCCACCUGUCAGAAUCCCAUGCACCUCCAAAACCUGCCCGUCUUGGAGGGAAUCUUAAAGAAGUGCCCACAAUAGCCGUGGAGUCACCUGUGCCCACACCUUCCCCUGAGCCCUCCCCAGAGCCACCCACCCGACAGCAGCCUCUGCCUGACUCCCAGCCAUCUACUAUCCCCCUCACUUUCCCCAACCUAACCCCCAUCACUCUGCCAGGGCAGAAUGCAUCCACCAUGGGCAGUUCAUCCCCAGAUUCUGCCCUCACCAACUCUCUAUCAAGUAAUAAUGGUAAUGGUGCCAAAGACUCAUUGGGCAGCAGAGAAUCCUCGCCAGAGCCCAUCCCUGCCCAAAGGAAGGUUUUCCCUGAACCACCCCCAGUUGUGACCAGUUCCCCCACCACCACUUCCGACUCCAAUACUACCAAGGGAAAUGAGACACCACCCAGUGAGCCAGUUCCUCCACUCCCCAAGACAUCUCCCCCCAAAACUUCCACCAAGUCCCCACAAGACUCCUUGGCUCCUGCAAAGCCUGUGCGCUCAGCAAGGUCCACCAGCUUGACAGAUCCCCCAGCAAACACCCCAAAACUGCUUCAGGCUCCCACUACUCCCAAUAAGAGUAGAUCUCUUAGCACUUCUGCCACCCCAAAGGGUCUUGAGCUAGGGAUGUUCUCCCCAACCACCAAGGAGUCUAAGGGAAAAGGGUUUGCCUUGGCAGCCUUGGCCUCAGCCUCUUCCAAGAUGUCUAUGAUUGAUAGUGAGCCCACCCUCUCAACCCCCUCCUCUCGACACAACUCAGAGCAGACCCAUGGCAGUGUUGAGGCAUUCCCUCCCCCAACUCCCCCCACUCCAGGUGCCUCUGUGUUCAGCUUUAGCUCAGACUCUGGUCCUAACACUCCUAAGGAUAGUAGCUCUGGCCCCUCCCCUGCUCCCACCUCCUCCUCCUCAAGCCGAGGCACACCAGGCUUGGCAGAGCGGCCAGGGGCUGCUGUGGUGCGGUCAGGCUCCCUCCAUGAGAAGCCCACCAGCCAGCCCGUCCUGGAUGAGUGGGAAAGGAAACUGUAUGGCAGGAAUGCUAUUGUGGGCAGCAUGGAAAACAUGACCCAUUCAGACAGCCGCUCGUCUCUAAACACCUCACAGUCAAGCAGCACACAGGAGCUACAUCGUAUAGAGGAACACCGGUCCAGGUUCCCAGAGAUGAAGGUGUUGACAUUGGACCGCAAACUGAAGGACGACGGAGAUGAGGUCAGCGAGAGCAGCAAGAAGCGGUGGGGGGGUAAGGGUGGCCUCAAGGCAAAGCUGUUUGGAAGUAGUCGUGAGCGGAUUGGGGAGGAAGAUGGUCGGGUGGUGGAGGGUGGCAAUGACCGCCUGCCCCACCCUCCCACCAGGCAGUCUCGGCUCCCUCAGGAGAUACAUGACAAAUUUGCUGGGAAGUCACGAGAGGACCUUAUGGAGACUAUAGUGACCCUGCAAGCUACCCUUGAGAAGAAUGCUCGUCACACUCGUGACCUGGAGGACUACAUUGACGACCUUCUCUUGCGGGUGAUGGAAACCACCCCUCAGCUCCUCCAGGCGUCUACCACUAAGAGCAAAACAAAUAAGGUUUUUGGUAACUACUGAAGUUUUCAACUAUGAAUGUAUCUGCUGGUCUUGCCUGAGUGGCAGUAGUGGCCUUCUGCAGCAGUUCCCCACCACCAGUUACUGGACUUGUGGAAUAUUAAAGCAGUAAUGAUUAUGCCAUGCCUUGAAGUAAUGCAAGAAAGUGCACUGGCAAAUUUUUAUACAUAAAGGAUAAUGAGGUGCCUUUAACACUGGAGUACAGGUACCUUCUGUGAUAAAUGUUGAGAGGACUUAUUCAGGUGUAAGGAUUCUCAGGGAUCCUUUGCAAAUAGAACCUGGGAGGUAAGAAAGGAUAAUUAUAAACCUGUUUGAUCUUGAAUAAAUGGUAAUAGAUGUGCAACUCCCAGGCACAUAAGAGAAGGACCAUGUCUUCCAUUUCUCUGGUGUUUUAGCUGCCAGAUGCACAUGCAGCAUAAAUGUAUUCCUAUCAUGCAAAUCUGGCUAGAUAGUUGUAUGGAGGAGUGAAGAAGUCUGGAAAUGUGUGGUGUGCUGUGAGAUGCAGUUUGUCACAUCUGGGAUGAGGUGAAGGGUGGUAGGCUGGCUGGCCCAGUGGUGGGUUAUGUGGACAGAGUUUUUCAUAUUUUCCAGACCUAAUAAACCACUUAUGUGCAAAAUAUCAAGAUACCAAAAUGACUAGUGGCUAAUAAUGGGUGUAAGGAAUGUAAUUAAGUGAUAUACUUUACAAGAAUUUUGAAUACAUCAAAAUGAGCUUCAAGUGUAAAUAUACUGCCAAAGCAUCUUUCCUAGAUAAGAUAUUUAUUUUGUAUCUAUUAGUAAGAGAUUGCAGUCCAUUGUUUCAAAUAUAUUUUAGUACUGUUAGAGGAAUAAUAAGCCUGGGAUUUAGUCUCAAGUAUCAAGGGAAUAGUCAAGAAAACAGAAAAAAAUAGGAUGCUAUUUGCUUUUCACAAAGAGAUUCAUCUUGAGAAUUUAUCAUGCAAUAUAUUUAUUUACAAUAGAUGUUUGUGGACCUUGAAUGUAUUCUGUCUUAACAAGCCAUCAGGCAAAGCAAAGUCACAAUCAUCAUGGAUGUUGUGUGUGUGGUGGUGUUUGUUUCCUGCCAGUCCUGUCAUCAAAUCAGUGCAGCCUUUCUUGACACACAACUCUGCAUCUUAAGAAAGUGAAAUUAUACAUAUUAACAAACAUUGCAUAGUGUCAGAAGACUUUAGUUUGAACUGAAAGAAAAUCACAACCUAUCCUGUCAAUGCAAAGAUUAUGACAGCACAUUUCAGAAGACUUUGUUAGACACACAUGUGAUUCCUGGCUAACUAUAAAUAUCCAACUGCAAAACUUCUAUUAAGACUUUUCAUGACUAAGGAAACAAAGAGCUACACAAGCCUACAAGUGUGUGUGUGUGUGUGUGUGUGUGUGUGUGU